AUGAAACGAGCUUGGAAGAAAUGUUUAACCUUAAUAUUUUUCUGUACAGUAUCAUGGUUAAUUCUAAGUAUAUAUAAAAUUAAUAAUUUUGAACUUUUGGUUGGAACAAAUGAUUUAACAUCGGAGUUUGACAGCCAAAUUAGAAUUCCGAUAUUUUCGACAGAUAUACAAAAUGUCAAAAGAUUUUUACGCAAGGAGCUGACUAAAGGAAAAGGUAUAGCUAAUAGAACACUAUAUAAAGGAAUGAAUAUUUCUACAGAGUUUGAAUACUUUUACAGGAACGUAUCAGAAGACAAGUUGGAAAAUCCUUUGCUACACAGACAUCAGUAUCGAACAUUAUUGAACAAUGAAACGAAGUGUAAAGGAAAAGAUGUGUUAUUGUUGGUUUUUGUACAUAGUUCUUCAGAAAAGUCUUUGGCACGCCAGCAGAUACGUUCAACAUAUGGAUCAAUUUCGGAUUAUGAAAAUGAACACAUUGCAUAUGUUUUUGUCCUCGGACAAACCCCAAAACAAAAAAUCCAACAGAGAAUUAAUGACGAGAGUGAGAAAUAUAUGGAUAUUGUGCAAGGCAAUUUUGUCGAUUCUUACAGAAAUUUAACAUAUAAACGUGUAUUUAGUUUGUUUUGGGUCAACAACUUUUGCAGUAAUGCAAAAUUUGUAGUUAAAGUUGAUGAUGACGUUAUUAUCAAUAUUCCAUUAUUAAUUCAACACCUUCGACAAAAGACUAAGAAGAAUUUGAUAACGAAUGUUUUAGAAUGUAAUAUGCUUACCGAUACCAAACCCUUGAGACACAAAAACUCUAAAUGGAGGACAUCUUUAUUGGAGUACCGGUAUCCAACGUUUCCACCAUACUGCGAUGGCUUUUCUUCCAUUAUGUCCAUCGAUGUCGUUAGAAAAAUGUAUGACACAACUAAGGAGGUACCGUUUCUGUGGUUAGAAGAUGUUUAUGGCGGUGGAUUUCUACCCUGGAUAUUAAAUAUUGAAAUGCAUCAGCCGUAUUGUUAUUCGACAUAUGUGGAGGGUGGAAAUUGGAAUUGUAAAUUAUUUGUUCGGGCUUUUAUGUCGAACGCUUUAUUUAAAAAUGAUAUAUGGGAACACUUUAAACACAACAAUGUACCUUGUAAAUGUUAA